CACAAAACGAUAGUGUAGGUGAAAAUAAAGGUAGCUUGAUCAUUAGCUCGUCGUCGCACACGCUAGGAGUGGGCUGGGACUCUGAGGCAGAUGUCAUUCAUUUUCCUACUCAAUACUCUGCCAAGGACGGCCACCCUACGAAACGUUCAAUUUUAUCGGACUCGUGUAAAAUAUUUGAUCCCCUAGGCCUCUUGUGUUUGCUGACGAUUAUACCUAAAGUUUUAAUACAAAAAUUAUGGAUUGAAAAAAUCGACUGCGAUAUUCCCGUGCCGAGUUACAUAAACGAGUCUUGGCAGGAUUUUGUUAACGGGUUAGCGUCUUUAACUUCGCUCCAAAUACCUCGUAAUGUACUUUGCGACUCGCCGACGCAUAUCGAGAUGCACGUCUUUUGUGAUGCAAGCUCAGUUGCAUACGCGGCCUGUAUUUAUUUAAAGUCCACUAAUGAGAGGGGCGAUGUUGUAGUCAGGUUGCUGUGCGCCAAGGCCAAGGUCGCGCCGGUCCAGGCUACGACUAUUCCGCGAUUGGAAUUAUGCGCUUGCCUUCUAGGCGCGCAGCUCGCGUCAGCUGUUUCUAAGACGUUGCGCUGCCAGAUUGCGCAGAAAUUUUAUUGGACUGACUCGUCAAUUGUAAUCGCAUGGCUUAAAACUAAUCAAACCAAAUUAAAAACGUUUGUUGCCAAUCGCGUAGCUCAUAUUUUAGAACUCACUGAUGGCAGUGAGUUUCGUCACGUUCCAACCGCGUUAAAUCCGGCUGACUACCCAUCUAGAGGGGUCGAAGCGCGUCGCUUACCUGAUUUGCACAUGUGGUGGACCGGGCCAUCUUUUUUAUACGAGCCACAAAAUAACUGGCCUCAGUUUUCCGCAAACUCGGAACUCGAUUUACCCGAGCUAAAGGUUAACGUCGCGAUUACUGACGAUUCGCAAAAAACCAAUGUUAUUGAUUUCGAUCGAUAUUCGAAACUUACACAUUUACAACGUGCGGUAGCUUAUAUGCUUAGGUUUGCGCAUAACUGCCGCCCUUCAUCCAAUAAAACUACGGGUGUACUACAACCUGAGGAGCUCGAGGUUUCGUUUAAAAAACUGGUCGCUUUGUCACAACAGGCUAGUUUCCCCCUUGAAUUGAAUUUGUUGCGUGACAAGCAACCUCUAGGCCCUAAAAGCCCUAUUUUAUCAUUGAACCCAUUUUACGAUGAAGACGACAAGCUUCUCAGAGUUGGUGGACGUCUGUCCUCGUCGUUUUAUCCAUUUGACAAACGCCACCCAAUGUUGUUACACUCUAAACAUAGAUUGACUAGAUUGCUGUUUCAACAGGAACACAUCCGUCUCCUGCACGCUCCUCCUCAGCUGCUUCUAGCCGCCGUUCGCGAGACGGUAUGGCCCGUAUCGGGGCGCACGCUUGCGCGUACCGUAUCGCAGCAAUGCGUGACCUGUCGCCGCGCAGCUGGCAACACUUCUGCUCCUUUGAUGGGCGCUCUGCCUUCUCAGCGCGUAACGCCUGAUUUCCCUUUCAUUAGUGUCGGCGUAGACUUCGCCGGGCCCUUUAUGAUUACAGACAGGCAUGGCAGAGGUUGCAAAAUAACAAAGUGCUAUUUAGCUAUAUUUGUUUGUUUCCGGUACAAAUGUUUGCAUUUAGAGGCAGUAAGCACGCUGUCGACGGAUUCUUUCAUUCUUUCGCUGCGACGUUUUAUCUCUCGUAGAGGGCGACCUCGCGAAAUAUUCUGCGAUAAUGGACGUAAUUUUGUAGGAGCGGCCAAGGAAAUUAGCGAUUAUCUUACUUCAAACUCAGACACGGUUUGCAAUUUUGCAGCAAAUGAGGGAAUACAAUUUAAAUUCCAACCGGCAUAUGCUCCUCACUUUGGUGGUUUGUGGGAAGCAGGAGUCAAAUCGGCAAAAUUUCACCUCAAUCGUAUAUUAGGUAACGCUCAUUUAACCUAUGAAGAAUUGGCAACUCUCUUUAGUCAGGUAGAAUCUAUCCUUAACAGUCGUCCUUUAUGUCCUUUGUCGUCCUCACCAAACGAUUUCCAACCCUUAACCCCAGGUCACUUCAUCAUCGGCCGCGCGCUCACUUCGUUGCCGUCGCCCCACCUCGCGGAUAUAAACACAAACCGUUUAGAUAGGUUUCAGAGGCUCGAGGCAUUAAGACAGCACUUCUGGCGGCGCUGGCAAUUGGAAUACGUCUGCGAGCUCCAACAACGGACGAAGUGGCGUGUUCCAGGACGAGAUCUUCAACUGGGUGACCUGGUCCUCAUCAAGGAAGAGAAUACUCCUCCCCUACACUGGCGGCUUGGACGAAUCGCCAAAUUGUUUCCUGGCGCCGACGGGAUUUCGCGAGUGGCCGAAGUUGCCACAGUAACGGGCACUUAUAAACGAGGUGUGAAGUACCUCUGCCCACUGCUGGACGACACUCAUGAAGCCUUGAAGGCUGACGCCUCCAAGGGCCCCCAGGAUGUUGCGGCUCCUACCAACGAAGGGGAAGCGGGGACCGUACACCACUAAACCAGUUGGCCCAUCAGCCGCGCCCCCCGCCGUCUCUAUAGACGCCUAGCGAGCCAUUAGGCUCUGAGAUACACGCUCAUGUGCGCGUC